CGGUCCACGCGGCGCGCAGACGGGGGGGGGAAGCGGACGGCACCGGCAGCGUCGCUCUCGGUGGUCGCGGGGCGGCCUCGCCCGGCCGGCGGCGGAAGCCGCCUCCGCGCUAUUGGCCGAGCCCUCCCCGCGCGGGGUGCCGGCCCCGGGAGCGGCCGGCAAGCGGUUGGUCCGGGGGGCCGCCCCCUUCCCCCCCUCCCCCGGCCGGCGCAGUGGGAGGCGCCCGGGCGCGCGCGUCACCCAUUGUUUACAAACCAACGCCAGCGGGCCGAGCUCCAGCCGCGACCGCAGCGCCGGAGCCGCGUGUGCUCGCGCGCGCGCGGGGCGGCGGCGGCACGGCGGGGACCCGGCAGACAUGCCGUGCCGCCCGGGCGAGCGCUUCCUGCUGCUGGAGCGCCCGGUCGCCGUGGGACAGGCGGGCUCUAAGGAGGUGGACGCGCUGGUGGCCAAGCUGGGCGAGGUGCUGCAGCUGAGCGCGCAGCGGGCGCCGCCGCCGCCCCGCGCCCCCAAGCACCUGGGGCCGGGCAGCGCCCGCGACCGCGCCGCCCCCUACUCGCCGCGGUGCUGCAGCGGCGCCGGGGCCGGGCUGCUGGCGCCGCGGGGACCGGCGCCGCCGCAAGCUCACUCGCAACAUGUUGAGCCUCCGCGGCCGGACCGGAGCGGCCAGCAGCGGGUGACCAAGCAGCUGUGCGGACGGGGCUGGCUGCGGAGCGCCGCCCGCCGGAGGAAGCAGCCUCCGCCGGGGCCGGGCGACGGGCCGGCGGAGGAGGAGGACCCGCACCGGCUCCUGCAGCAGCUCAUCCUUUCCGGCAAUCUCAUCAAAGAAGCGGUCCGGCGGCUGCAGCUGGCGGCGGCGGCGGCGGCAGCAGCGGCAUCGGCGGCCUCCAGCGGCAGCGCCUCGGCGGGGAGCGGACCGGGCGAAGGAGCGCGGCCGCUGGCGGCGGAGCCCCCGCCGGGCGGGCCGCGGGAGCGCGGUGCGGGCUCCGCCAGGAUGUAAGUGUGUCCCGGCGGCGGGGCCCCCGGGCCGGUGCCGGUUCGGGCGGGAGGGAGCCCGAGCCCCCCGCCCCAAGGUCACCCGCGGCGCGGACCCCGCGGAGCCCCAGCCGGCGAGGCCGCGCACGCCGCCCGCCCCGAGCUGUUGUUGUGCCCCCCUCCCUCUCUGCCUUCCCGGGAGCUCCUCCUUCUCCUCCCCCCGCCGGGGCAGCCCGGCCGGGGCCGCGGACCCCCCCGCCGCCGGUCCCCGCCGCCGCCGAGCUGCUCCGUCUCCCAGGAGCCAUUUGCAAUAAUCCUCGCUGACCCCGGCGGGAGGUGUUUCCUUUCCCCUCCCGGGCUGGUUUGGUUUUUUGUUGGGGGUUUAUUUGUUGUUAUUUUAACGUUUAUUGUUAUUAUUUCUCGGUGUGACUGUAUGAAGCAGUUUUAAAAAAAAUGUGAAUAUCAAAGCUGGAAGGCAGCUGGACUUAAUAACAAAUGAGUGAAUGGAGCCUGAGAUGCAUUGUUCACAUAAGGUAGCCGAAACAAGUUUUUUCUACCAAAAAGAAAAACCCUGAAUCCACCCUUCCCCGACAAACUCAAUGGCUCAAGUACAAGAUGCAGCUGUUGAUUUUAAAUAUAUGCACUUCGUACCGGAGCGUUUGAAAUGUGUUCCUGAUUUACAGGACUUACUGUCUUAAUUAACCUGUCUGUAUUGAAUAAACGUGGUCUUGUUUUUA